AUGGCGCAGGCGAUUGAGGAGCUGCUGAAGGACCCCAACGAGCUGUCAGAGGAGGGCUUGAGCUGGAGCAAAGAAGUUGGCAUGGCCUUCGUCCUUCCUCGCGCAGCGCUGCAGUGUGUUCCACUGGCGGCCAACGAGCCCAGAGACGGCCUGCAGCGCACCGCGUCCUUUGUGAGCAUGCCCAAAGCCUCACCCAAGCUAAUUGUGGCGCCUGCUGGUCCAUGCGGUUUUGGGGUCUUCGCCACUGAGAGGAUCGCUUCUGGCGAGCGGCUGGGAGAGUACACAGGUGAAAUCCGAAGCUAUGACGUCUGGUGUGAGGAAAUCAAGGCGCUGAAAAUGCGGCGCCGAAACUCUGACGCCUCCUCGCCGUUCAUCCGCGAGGAGCUCUAUGCCGCUUGGGCAGGCUCGGGACCAGCUGAAAAAGGCGUGGUCAUCGAUGCCUUCCACAAGGGCAACUUGAUGCGUUUCAUCAACUGCAGCUGCAAGCCGAACUGCAGCUUCAAGAGCGUGAGUGCGCCAAGAGAGGCUCACGGCCGGCUACAGGUAACUACCCUGCGGGCCAUUGCAGCCGGGGAGCAGCUCUCUGUGGACUAUGGUUGGUACCACGACCCCGCCACACUGGAAGACAUCCGAAAGGAGGCUGUCGUAGCCUACUUGCUGGAUCUUCCGAAGCUGCAGGCCCUGCGGCUGCCAGACCCGGUGGCCAACGAAGCGGAUUCCGAGGCUGUGCAGCUGGUGGCCGAAUCACUCAAGGAGGCUCGCGGCCGCCCUGGAUUGAGGAGGCGGCCUCAUGGAUUUCUCGCGGGCUUGCUGGACUCAGAGGCACUGGCGAGGUUUCUGGAGUCGGGAAAGCAUUUUUCCGAAGCGACCACUUACAGAACCAUCCCGGAACCGGUGUGGCUCCUUUAUGAAGUUCUGGGGGGCGAGAGGGUUGGGAUUCCGUGCAGAUGUGGCUCAGAUGCCAGCCUUAACUCAAGCGGGCGCUGCUCGGGCAUCAUUGGCCGGCCCCUGCAGGUUAACUUCACCGGCCGCGACAGCGACGACGAGCGCUGA